AGCUCAAGUGAUUCAUAGUGAAACGCUGUUAAAGACUGAAGGUUCUGGGCCGGGUCCUCGUCCCCUGAGCUGGAGGGGUUUGGCUGGGGAUGGGGGGUCCCACGCCAUCCAAGGUCUGCUGGCCCUGACUGACACACUCCAGAGCUGCUUUGCUGAGGCAUGGAGGCGAAAGACGUUCCGAAGGCUGAAGACAGAGCUGAGGAUCCAGGUUCCAAAAAUAAAGGCCAGCCCGAUGUUGCUCAGCCUGACUUCCCACGAGGAGGGCAGACCCCUGGCCCCACCACCCUCUGGGAGAUGCUAGAAAGGAAGUUUCUGGAAUACCAGCAGCAGGCGUAUAGAAGCCCCGCUGAACGUCAGAAGAGCCUGUUGAAUCUUCUCCCGCUCUUCCUAAAGGCCUGGGAACACUCCGUGGGGAUCAUCUGCUUUCCCAGUCUCGCGAAGCUGGCUGAAGAUGUUUCCAACCAGUUUGUCCAAGAAAUACAAAAGGUCCUGGUGGGAAAGCCUGCAGAACAAGCACGGGUGGCAGCUGGGCAGUUUCUGCGAUGGAAGGGGGAUGCAGACCAGGAUGGCUACCUGCUCUUGAAGUCGGUGUACGUGCUCACUGGGACAGAUUCGGAGACUCUGGGCAGAGUUGCUGAAUCUGGGCUCCCAGCCCUGCUUCUACAGUGCCUUUAUCUCUUCUUUGUCUUUCCUCUGGAAAAGGAUGAGCUCUUUGAGAGUGAUGCUCCAGUUCAGAGGAUGUUUGUGCAGAUGUUGCUCAACCUUUGCAGUGACGCUCAGGGUCUGGAGGGACUUCUCUCAGGAAAUGAGCUCCAGUCUCUUGUGAUUGCCACCACCUGUCUUCGAGAGCACAGCUGCUCCUUUUGGAAGGAGCCCACCUUCUGUGUCCUGAAGGCAAUCUCCAAGGCCCAGAACCUCAGCAUCUUCCAAUACCUGCAGGCCAUGGAUUGCAUCAAGAUCUCCCUCCAGAACCUCUCCCGGCUUGCAGACACUCUCCCCGCCCCCGAGGUGAGCGAGGUGGUGAGCCUGAUCUUGGGCUUUGUGAAGGACUCCUACCCCGUCUCUUCAGCCCUCUUCCUGGAGUUUGAGAAUGGGGAGGGCUACCCGCUGCUACUCAAAGUGUUACUUCGGUACGAUGAGCUGACCCAGAGUGAUGUGGACCCCCACCUGGAGGAGCUCCUCGGGCUGGUGGUAUGGCUGACAACCUGUGGAAGGUCCGAGCUGAAGGUGUUCGACAGCGUCACGUACCCACAGCUGGAAGGUUUCAAGUUCCAUCACGAAACUUCUGGGGUGACCGUAAAGAAUCUUCAGGCCUUCCAAGUCUUGCAGAAUGUUUUCCACAAAGCCAGUGACCCCGUCCUCUGCACCAAAGUCCUGUUAUCCAUCAAGACCAUGUGGACCUGGAAUGCUCGCAACUUCUUUCUGCUGGAGUGGACCCUGCAGCCCAUCUCGCAGUUUGUGGAGAUCGUGCCUCUGAAGCCGACCCCAGUGCAGGUGCACUUCUUCCAGCUGCUGGAGGCCCUGGUGUUUGAGAUGCAUUAUGUGCCCCAUGAGAUCCUGAGGAAGGUGCAGCGCCUGAUCAAGGAGAGCCCAGAGCCACUCUGCACCCUCGUGGCCCUGCAGAGUGUCCUCAGAAUAGCUGGCGCGGAUCCGCUCUUCACUGACAUCUUCCGGGACUCGGGGCUCCUGGGCCUGCUGCUCGCCCAGCUGCGGAAGCAGGCCAAGAUCCUGAGGAAGUCAGCAGGAAACAAAGAGUCCAGUCCUGGAGUUCAGGACACCGAAAGAGAACUGACUUGUGUGAUGCUGAGAACCGUGGUCACGCUUCUGAAAGGGUCGGUUCGGAACGCAGUUGUCCUGAAAGACCACGGCAUGGUGCCCUUCAUCAAGAUCUUCCUGGAUGAUGAGUGCUACCGGGGAGCCUCACUCAGCAUCUUGGAGCAGCUGUCAGUCAUCAACGCCGAGGAGUACAUGAGCAUCAUUGUGGGUGCUUUGUGCUCAUCCACUCAAGGAGAACUGCCACUGAAACUGGAUCUCCUGAAGUCUGUACUCCGGAUUCUGGAGACCCCCAAAGGCCGUGCUGCUUUCAGAGUCUCCAGUGGGUUCAAUGGGCUGCUGUCCCUGCUCUCUGACCUAGAGGGGUCUCUCCAGGACCCCCCACUGCAGAUGUGGUCGGUGGUGUCUCCCAGCCAGACCUUGGACCUGGUCCUGCACACACUUUGUGCCCUGUCUGCGGCGCUGCACCUGGACCCGGUCAACGGUGACUUCUUCAGGAGGAACGGACUCUUUGAGAAGCUGGCCGAGGACCUCUGCUUGCUGGGCUGUUUUGGGGUCCUGGAGGAAGAGAGCUCCCCUCUGCAGUCCUGGGAGGACAUGAAGGCCAGGCCAUUUGCUGAUUUGCUGAGUGUGGCCUUUUCCUCUGCCAGCCCACUUCCACCCAAGAUACAGAGCUGCCUCCAGAUCCUCAGCUUUCUGGACAGCAUGGCCCGAGGCACCCUCCACCUGCGCAGAGACCUGAAAGACUCCCCCAGAGCCAUGCAGGAGCUGGUUGUGGAUGCCCAGAGGGGAGAAGCCAGCAGUGACCCCCAGGGAAACUUCAAGCAGUGGCCGGACCUGGAGGACAGGAUGGAUGACGGCGACGCUGUGAUCAUGCACCCUGGGGUCCUGUGCAUCAUGGUCAGCCUGCUGCCGCGAUUGUACCAUGAAGAUCACCCUCAGCUUUCCGAGGAGAUCCAGUGCUCCUUGGCCAGUCACAUCCAGUCCCUGGUGAAGUCAGAGAAGAACCGUCAGGUCAUGUGUGAGGCGGGGAUGCUCAGGACCCUCAUGACCUCCUGCCACAAGGUCCUGACCACCGGCAGCAGCCCCCUGCAGUCGGGUCUCAUCAGGAUUUUUGAAAAGCUUGCUUCCCAAGCCAUCGAACCGGACGUGCUAAGACAGUUUCUAGGUCUUGGAAUCCCCCCACCUCCCUCGGCUGCAGCGAAAAUCCUCAAUUCAUCUCACGUGCACAGCGGGGACUCCGGGUGCUCAGGGUCGCCGGCAGCAGCCCCAGUGCCUGCUGAGGGUCCUGCAGCGGCUGCCCAGGAUGCCAGCCCCCGCCCAGUGGUCACACAGGCCAGCAGGCCCUCGAGGCCAUCCCAGGGCUCCACCACUGCCCUUCAGACGGCACUGAGCCUCAUCUCCAUGACCUCCCCUCGCAACCUGCAGCCUCAGAGGGCGGCCCUGGCUCCGUCGUUCAUGGAAUUUGACAUGUCCGUGGAAGGUUAUGGCUGUUUGUUUAUUCCAACCCUGUCUACGGUGAUGGGAACCAGCACCGAGUACUCGAUCUCCGGAGGAAUUGGGACAGGCGCUGCCAGGUCCUUCCCUCCGCCCGGGGGCCUGACCUUCUCCUGCUGGUUCCUGAUCAGCAGGCACGGCACCGUCUCGGAGGGCCACCCCCUGCGCUUCCUGACCCUGGUGCGCCACCUGGCCCGGACUGAGCAGCCCUUCGUCUGCUUCUCCGUCAGCCUCUGCCCGGAUGACCUCUCCCUGGUUGUGUCUACAGAAGAGAAAGAGUUUCAGCCCUUGGAUGUCAUGGAACCCGAGGAUGACUCUGAGCCUUCUGCGGGCUGCCAGCUUCGGGUCAGGUGUGGCCAGCUGCUGGCUUGUGGUCAGUGGCACCACCUGACUGUGGUUGUCACCAAGGAGAUGAAAAGGAACUGUAUGGUUUCCACCUACCUGGAUGGACAGGUCAUUGGCUCGGCCAAGAUGUUGUACAUUCAGGCCUUACCGGGACCCUUCCUUUCAAUGGAUCCAUCCUCCUUUGUGGAUGUUUAUGGGUAUAUUGCUACCCCUCGAAUUUGGAAACAAAAGUCAUCAUUGAUAUGGCGUCUGGGCUCUGCGUACCUCUUUGAAGAAGCCAUCUCGGUGGAAACCCUGGAAGUUAUUAACAAACUUGGCCCAAGAUACUGCGGUAACUUCCAAGCUGUGCUUGACCAAGGAGAGGAUCCUGGGAUGGAAGUGACGCCCCUGGUUGCAGAGGAAAGGGUUUCCUUCGGCCUUCACAUAGCCAGCUCCUCCGUCACCAGUGCUGCCGACAUCAGAACCGCGUACAAUGAGGUGGACAGCCGCCUGAUUGCUAAAGAGAUGAACAUUUCGUCCCGCGACAAUACCACGCCUGUGUUCUUGCUAAGAAAUUGUGCUGGUCACCUCUCCGGGUCUCUUCGAACUAUUGGAGCCGUGGCUGUGGGCCAGCUAGGGGUAAGGGUGUUCCACUCCAGCCCUGCGGCCAGCAGCCUGGACUUCAUUGGCGGGCCCGCCAUCCUCCUGGGUCUCAUUUCCUUAGCGACGGAUGACCACACCAUGUACGCGGCUGUGAAAGUCCUGCACUCAGUCCUGACCAGCAAUGUCAUGUGUGACCGCCUGAUGCAGCACAUCUGUGGGUACCAGAUAAUGGCGUUUCUCUUGAGGAAGAAGACCUCUUUCCUAAACCAUCGCAUCUUUCAGCUGAUCCUGUCCAUCGCUGGCACUGCAGAACUGGGUUUUGGGUCGUCUGCAAUCACCAACGUGGGCGUCUUCCAGCACAUCCUCUGCAAUUUUGAGCUCUGGAUGAACGCUGCAGACAACUUGGAGCUCUCCCUCUUUUCCCAUCUUGUGGAAAUACUUCAGUCGCCAAGGGACGGACCCCGGAAUGCUGAAGUUGCUCACCAGACACGGCUUAUUCCCAAGCUCGUCUUCCUCUUCAAUGAGCCGGGCCUCACCCCCUCCAAGAUGCCCACCAUCAUUGCCAUCCUAGGCCGUCAGCUGCGGGGCCACUUCAGCCUCCAGGACUUGCUCAGGAUCGGGCUGUUUGUUGUGUACACCCUCAAGCCUUCUUCAUCAGUGAGCGAGAGGCCGAUCUGCGUGGACGGAGCCCCAGACCCCUCCCUGCCCGCUGGAAGCCAAACAUCUGGAAAGACAAUCUGGCUCAGAAACCAGUUGCUGGAGAUGCUGCUCAGUGUAAUCUCUUCUUCCCAACUUCAUCUGUCCUCUGAAACAAAGGAAGAGAUGUUUCUGAACCUGGGGCCUGACUGGUUCCUGCUGUUCGUGCAGGCCCACCUGCACCCCAGCUCGGUGGUGCUGGGGCUGAAGCUGCUGCUGCACUUUUUGUCAAGCCCCUCCCUCCGCGCGCGAUUUAAAGACGGCCUGCCUGCCGGGUGCUGGGUGGAGCGCAGCUCCGAGGGCGUGGACAUCAUGAUGGAGAGCCUGCAGAGCCACCCUCCCGUGCCCGACCAGAGCCCCUGCCUGCUUCCUGGCUUCCGAGUCUUGAGCGACUCUCUGGCCCACCACGUUCACAUCCCGGAAGUCUACCUCGUCGUGUCCACCUUCUUCCUACAGACGCCUCUUACGGAGCUGGUGGACAGGCCCAAAGACAGCCUGGACGCCAUGCUGCAAUGGCUCUUGCAUAAGCACCACAAGGAAGAGGUCCUCCGGGCCGGGCUGUGCAUGGAAGGUGCCCUGCUGCUCCUGGAGAUGCUGAAAGCCACCAUGAGCCAGCCCUCGACAGGUUCUGGAGACGGCGCGUGGGAACGAACCUUCCCGGCCAGCGUGCUGCAGUUCCUCGGCCUCGUGCACAGCACCUACCCCCAGGAUCCGGCCUGGCGUGCCCCGGAGUUCCUCCAGACCCUGGCCGCAGUCGCCUUCCCCUUGGGAGCCCCUAAGGGGGCUGUGACUGAGUCUGCCCAGAACGCCCCCAGUCCCGGGGCUGCAGCUGAAGGAGACAGCGCCGCCGAGGGUCUCCAGGCUCCUGCCGAGUCACAUCCCUCGCGGAAGCAGCUGAGGGAGUUCAUGCAGCUGCUCUUGAAGGAGCUGUUGCUCAUGGCUCCCAACCCUAAGCAGUGGCUGCCACUGGAGGUGCUCCUGGAGGCUUGUCCAGACAAUGCCACCAGCCAACAGAAGCAAGACUUCCAGUCUGAGGUCCUGCUUUCCGCCAUGGAAAUAUUCCACGUGGUGAGUGGAGGCCACACACCGAUGCUCAGAGGCAGCAGAGAGCCUCCGCCGAAUGCAGAAGCUGCCACUGCUCCUUCACUCGCCAACAUCUCCCACUUCACCCAGAAGCUGGUGGAGAAGCUGUACAGCGGGAUGUUCUCAGCAGACCCCAGACACAUCCUUCUCUUCAUCACGGAGCACAUCAUGGUGGUCAUCGAGAACGCCUCUUCUCAGAGGGACACUAUCAUCAAUGCUUUAUACAGCAGUUUGAAUAAAGUCAUUCUUUAUUGCCUCUCCAAGCCCCAGCAGUCCCUCUCCGAAUGCCUCAGCCUUCUCAACAUCCUGGGAUUUCUACAGGAACACUGGGACAUUGUCUUUGCCACCUAUAAUUCCAAUGCCAGCUUCUUCCUGUGCCUCAUGCAUUGUCUUCUGCUGCUCAGUGCGAGAAGUUAUCCAGAAGGAUUUGGAUUGGAACCCAAGCCCAGAAUGACUCCUUAUCACCAAGUCUUUCUUUCUCCAAAUGAAGAAGUGAGAGAAAAAACAGGGGAAGACUUCCCAAGUUUGAGCGAUGUCCAGCACAACAUCCAGAAGACAGUGCGGACCCUCUGGCAGCAGCUUGUGGCACAGAGGCGGCAGGAGCUGGAGGACACCUUCAAGAUUGAUCUCUCUGUGAAACCUGGGGACAGCGAAGUGAAGAUUGAAGAGGUCACGCCACUCUGGGAGGAGACGAUGCUCAAGGCCUGGCAGCACUAUCUAGCAUCUGAAAAGAAGUCCCUGAGCAGUCGCUCGACUGUCGGACACUACAGAAAGGUCUCUUCGUGGAGCGGAAGCUUGUCCUCAGCCAUGAGGCUGAUGCCUGGAAGGCAGACCAAGGACCCUGAGUGCAAAGCAGAGGAUUUUGUGUCAUGUAUUGAGAACUAUAGACGAAGAGGUCAGGAACUCUACGCAUCCCUAUACAAAGAUCACGUACAGAGGCGGAGAUGUGACAACAUCAAGGCAGCCACCGCCUGGGCCAGGAUCCAGGAGCAGCUUUUUGGGGAGUUGGGCUUGUGGGGCCAGAUGGCAGAAGCCACACCCUGCUCCCAGUGGGAACUGGACUGGCGAGAAGGGCCGGCUCGCAUGAGGAAGCGCAUCCGACGCUUGUCCCUGCUGGAGGCCCGGCGCCGAGAAAGGCUCAAGGAAAGCCAAGACAGAAAUGGUGCUGUGUCUCAAAUGAAUGCUGAAAACCAAGAUGAGCUGACAGCUAAGGAGGCUGAGAGCGAGGGAGAAGAGGCGACAGACUGCACCCAGCUGACCUUCUUCCCGGCCUUACACGAAAGUCUGCACUCCGAAGAUUUCCUGGAGCUGUGCUGGGAAAGACAAGUCAUUUUACAGGAGCUUCUGGAUCAUGAAAAGGUGACACAGAAGUACUCUCUGGUGAUCGUGCAGGGCCAUCUGGUCUGCGAAGGGCUCCUGCUCUUUGGCCGACAACACUUCUACGUCUGCGAGAACUUCACGCUCUCCCCUGUGGGUGACGUCUACUGCACCCGCCACUGCUUAUCCAACAUCAGCGAUCCAUUCAUCUUCAACAUGUGCAGCAAAGAUAGGUCCUCCGACCACUACUCAUGCCAGCGCCACAGCUACAGUGACCUCAGGGAGCUCCGGCAGGCUCGCUUCCUCCUGCAGGACAUCGCCCUGGAGAUCUUUUUUCAAAACGGAUAUUCCAAGUUUCUUGUCUUCCACAACAGUGAUCGGAGUAAGGUCUUUAAAAGCUUCUGCUCCUUCCAACCCAGCUUGAAGGGAAAAAGCUUCACAGAGGACCCGCUCAAUCUAAGGUUGCACAGGGCAAGGCAAGCUUUCCCCCAUUGGACACAGUCCCUGCUCCCAGCACAGUGCCUCACGAGGAGAUACCCCGGCUUCGACAGGACCAUGCUGCAGAAGUGGCAGAAAAGGGACAUCAGCAAUUUUGAGUAUCUCAUGUACCUCAACACCCUGGCCGGGAGGACCUACAAUGACUACAUGCAGUAUCCGGUGUUCCCCUGGGUCCUGGCCGACUACACCUCACAGACAUUGAACUUGACGAAUCCCAAGACUUUCCGGGAUCUUUCGAAGCCCAUGGGGGCUCAGACCAAGGAAAGGAAGCUGAAAUUCAUCCAGAGGUUUAAAGAAGUUGAGAAGACUGAAGGAGACAUGACUGUCCAGUGCCACUACUGCACCCACUACUCCUCGGCCAUCAUUGUCGCCUCCUACCUGGUCCGGAUGCCCCCCUUCACCCAGGCCUUCUGCUCUCUGCAGGGUGGAAGCUUCGAUGUGGCAGAUAGAAUGUUCCACAGCAUGAAGAACGCGUGGGAGUCGGCCUCCAGGGAGAACAUGAGUGACGUCAGGGAGCUGGUCCCGGAGUUCUUCUACCUGCCCGACUUCCUGACCAACUGCAACGCCGUGGAGUUCGGCCGUAUGCAGGAUGGGACAGCGCUGGGGGACGUGCAGCUCCCUCCCUGGGCUGAUGGGGACCCUCGGAAGUUCAUCAGCCUGCACAGACAGGCUUUGGAAAGUGACUUCGUUAGUGCCAACCUCCACCACUGGAUAGACCUCAUUUUUGGCUACAAGCAGCAGGGGUCAGCCGCAGUGGAGGCUGUUAACACCUUCCACCCCUACUUCUACGGUGACAGAAUGGACCUCAGCAGCAUCAGUGACCCCCUGAUCAGGAACACCAUCCUGGGGUUUGUCAGCAACUUUGGGCAGGUGCCCAAACAGCUCUUUACUAAACCCCACCCGGCCAGGACCACUGCCGGGAAGCCUUCCCCUGCAAAGGAUGUCUCCGCGCCUGCGAGCCUGCCUGGCCACCCACUGCCCUUUUUCUACUGCCUGCAGUCACUGAGGCCCUCCCAGGUCACAGUCAAAGAUAUGUACCUCUUCUCUCUAGGCUCGGAAUCCCCCAAAGGGGCCAUCGGCCACAUCGUCCCCACGGAGAAGGCCAUCCUGGCUGUGGAGACAAACAAGCUGCUGCUGCCUCCUCACUGGAGCAGGACCUUCAGCUGGGGCUUUGAUGACUUCAGCUGCUGCCUGGGGAGCUAUGGCUCAGACAAGAUCCUGAUGACGUUCGAGAACUUGGCCGUCUGGGGCCGCUGUCUGUGUGCCGUGUGCCCCUCCCCCACGAUGAUUGUCACCUCCGGGACCAGCGCCGUGGUGUGUGUGUGGGAGCUCAGCAUGGCCAAAGGCCGCCCCACAGGCCUGCACCUCAAGCAGGCCCUGUAUGGGCACACCCAGGCUGUCACAUGCCUGGCAGCAUCAGUCGCCUUCAACCUCCUGGUGAGUGGCUCCCAAGACUGCACCUGCACCCUGUGGGACCUGGACCACCUCACGCACGUAGCCCGCCUGCCUGCCCACAGGGAGGGCGUGUCUGCCAUUGCCAUCAGCGACGUCUCGGGCACCAUCGUCUCCUGUGCUGGAGCCCACUUGUCCCUGUGGAACGUCAACGGACAGCCCCUGGCCAGCAUUACCACGGCCUGGGGCCCAGAGGGAGCCAUAACCUGCUGCUGCGUGGUGGAGGGGCCAGCGUGGGACACGAGCCAUGUCAUCAUCACUGGGAGUCAAGACGGCAUGGUGCGGAUUUGGAAGACGGAGGACAUGAAGAUGUCUGUUCCCGGGCAGGCAGCGACCGAGGAACCCUGGGCUCUGCCUCCAAGCCCGAGAGGUCACAAGUGGGAGAAGAAUCUUGCCCUUUGCAGAGAGCUGGAUGUCAGCGUUGCUUUGACAGGGAAGCCCCGCAAGACCAGCUCUGCGGUGACAGCUCUGGCCGCGUCCAGAAACCAGACCAAACUCCUGGUCGGCGACGAGAAGGGGAGAAUAUUCUGCUGGUCUGCAGAGGGGUAGGAAGAGAGAGCCAGUGGAGGUCCUGGCACGGCAGCUGGGUGCCCCAAGGGGCAGCAGCACCAGGUGGAAGACGGGGAAGCAGAGCCUGAGGCAGAAAGGAAACCCCCAGGGCCUCCCUUCCUCCUGGUCCCCGAGGAAGGGGCGGCUGGCCACCAGAGCCCCACACCUGGAGCCCCUCCAUGGCCAGAGGACUUGACCUUGGCCUUGCGUUGCACAAGGAUGCGCUUCUACAAAACCGAUCUGUGCGCGCACCCGGGGCCUGCGAACAGCGUGCUGGAAACCGUGGCUUACAGGUGCCCACGGGCACACAAAAUCACAUGGCUCAUCUUUCUGAGGGCUUGUUGCACUGAAAAAACAUUGAAUGGCUUACUGGAAACUAAUGGGAGGGUCUAGGGUGUCUUUAUUUUAUUAAAACAACUGUUUUCCAAAUGCAA